AUGUCAGCACCAAACCCAAAAGCCUUCCCAUUAGCAGAUGCAGGACUCACCAACAAGAUACUGGAUUUAGUCCAGCAAUCCUCCCACUACGCACAGCUUAAGAAAGGUGCAAACGAAGCUACAAAGACUCUCAACAGAGGAAUUUGCGAGUUCAUCAUCAUGACCGCAGACACUGAGCCAAUUGAAAUUCUUCUUCAUUUGCCACUUCUCUGCGAGGACAAGAACGUUCCGUACGUCUUUGUACCUUCAAAGACUGCUCUGGGUAGAGCUUGUGGUGUCAGCAGACCAGUGAUUGCUGCAUCCGUCACCACCAACCAGGCCACUGAUCUCAACACGUCCAUCAACCAGAUCAAACUGGAAAUUGAAAGAUUGUUGGUUUAA